AUGGGUAUGCAGGUUCUGAUGGAUGUCCGGUGCACGAACCUUGUCAACCCUGUAUGCGACUGGCUUGGUGAGAUAUAUGAUACCGCCUCCAGGGAAUUCGUGAUUCCGGGACGGGGAAGACUUCCAUUGAAUGAGGAAUCCGUGUUCUGCACUUUGGGUGUGCCUCGUGGACAUAUCAAAGUCCCGUACGAGGUCAAUAAUGAGAUCAAGGAAGAGCUAUUCGCCUGUUUGUUUCCUAGUUUGGAGUCCAUGCCGAACACGUCUGUACUGGCAGACUCGCUACAAGCCAUGACGAUGCACGAAGAAGUUUUCAAGAUGAAGCUACUCAUGUACCUCAUAUCAGCUAUUUUCGCGCCUACCACUUCUCUACGCCCAAGCAACAAAUGUUUCCCCAUCCUGGCGAAUCUGAAAAAUGUGAAGAAUAUGAACUGGUGUAAGUUUAUUGCCGACUUUCUCCAUGAUGCUUUCAAAAACAAGAUGUACCAGAAGGGUUGUCGGCUGCAUUUAAUGCUCAUGUAUGUCGACUGUCUUGAUCUGUCCACCAUGGAUUUCACUGGGGUAGGAGGGCCGCCGCCUACGCACAAGUUUGUUGUUUCUGCGUGGACCAUCAGCGCUGUCAAGGCUGUGCUUGCCGCAGACAGGGCAACUGAUGGCACGUAUGGAAAACUACAGCUGAUGGCCAAGCAUGCUAUAGACUACGGCGUGUUUGGGGGGCCUCAAAAAUUUGGAAAGUGGAUGGACGUGCACUCAGCUCCGUCUUGCCCUUCUGAGGCGAGGGCACCAGUUGAGCAUCUAAUUGGGCAGUUUGCCUCCGGAAUGACUGGAUUGCUCGGGAAGUUGGUUGAGGGAUGGACGUCCCUCAGUGCCUCUGACAGCAACGCGGUUGCGAGGCAGUUCACUUCAUUUGUCCCAGAACGUACACAUCGGCCAACCGGUUGCCGUGGCCGGUAUGACUACAACAGUUCCCAAGAGCCCGGCGACACACAAGAUGAUGUAGAUGGAGACGCUGGCCUCAGCAAGGAUGAUGACGACGACAUGGACAAUGUGCACCAGGACACGUAUGACGAUGAACUAGCUGAAGUUCGUAGAGGCGACAACAGGGGCAAGGAUGCAACAGAUGCCCCCCCCCCCCACUGGAGAAAGUGA